CCCACACUCCAACAAUUAUACUCGGUAUUAUAUCUACUACAUAUCAUAAUACUUCUAUAAAUAAGAACAUACUCGGUAACAAAAAGAGAUAAUAAAAGAGAUGGGCUACCGAGUAAUAUGUGCCAUUGUUAUGCAUAUUUUCUUCAUGAUAAUAUUGUCACAUGUUCAUUCCACCCCACCAAAAGACCCCAUCAAAUGCACCAAUCACACAACUAAUAUAAAUUGCACCCUCACUAACUCCUACGGUACUUUCCCAGAUCGUACAAUCUGCCGCGCAGCCAAAGCUGUUUAUCCCAGAACGGAGGAGGAGCUGGUUGCCGUCAUCGCUGCAGCCACCAAGGAGAACCAGAAGAUGAAAGCCGCCACCCGGUUCUCCAGCAGCAUCACCAAGCUGGCGUGCCCUGGCGGCGGCGGUAGCGGUCUGAUCAUCAGCACAAUGCACCUGAACCGCACAUUGAAAGUCGACAACCGGAGCAUGACGGCGACGGUGGAGAGUGGAGUGAGUCUCCGACAACUGAUCGACGACGCGGCGGAGGCAGGGAUGGCGUUGCCGUACACGCCGUACUGGUGGGGGUUGACGGUGGGAGGGAUGAUGGCCACGGGAGCUCAUGGGAGCUCGUUGUGGCGCUCGGCAGGGACCGCCGUUCAUGAUUUCGUUGUCCGGGUUCGGAUUGUGACUCCGGCGUCGCCGGAGGAGGGCUAUGCCGCCGUCCGGCAACUUGAAGAAGAUAACCCGGAGAUCAAUGCAGCUAGGGUGACCCUGAAAUUGGAACCGAUGUUUAAACGGGCAAUGACGUACGCUGAGGAGGAUGACGGAGACUUGGGGGAGGACGCGACCGUGUUUGGUUCCCAACACGAAUUUGGAGACAUGGCUUGGUUUCCUAGCCAAAGAAGAGUUGUGAAGCGCAUUGAUAAUAGGGUCAAGACAAACGCGCCCUCUAAAGGUCUCAAUAAUUUCUUGGGAUUUCGACCCAUUCCUUCACUUGUGUUAGGCCUCGUGAGAACUGCAGAGGAAAGUAUGGAAGCACUCAAUUAUGCGAACGGGAAGUGCAUACUUGCAGAUGCAUCCAAGUUCAUCUUAAAAGCUGCUGGAUAUGGAUUUACUAACAAUGGUGUCAUCUUUACUGGGUACCCUAUAAUUGGAUACCAAAAUCGGCUUCAAUCAUCUGGAACUUGUCUUGACAGCUUAAACAAUGGAUUGCUAACAACUUGUCCAUGGGACCCUAGAGUUAAGGGGUUAUUCUUUCACCAAACAACAUUUAGCAUUAGUCUCUCCAAGGUGAAAGGUUUUAUAGAAGAGGUACAAAACUUGGUGAAUUUGGACCCAAAAGCGUUGUGCGGUGUGGGGUUGUACGAUGGCAUACUCAUGAGAUAUGUCACAUCCUCGAGUGCAUAUUUAGGGAAACAAGACGACUCAAUAGACUUCGACAUUACCUACUACCGGAGCAAAGACCCAACAACUCCUAGACUUUAUCAAGACUUCCUAGAAGAAAUUGAACAGCUCGCAGUUUUCAAGUACGGGGCCUUGCCACAUUGGGGGAAGAACAGAAAUGUGGCCUUCUUAGGGGCAAUAAAAAAGUAUGCAAAGUUUGAUGAGUUCUUGAAAGUUAAGGACAAGUAUGACCCUAAAGGAUUGUUCUCAAGUGGUUGGACGGAUCAAGUUUUAGGUCUUAGGAAAGGAUUGGUGAUUGCAAAGGAUGGUUGUGCUUUGGAAGGAUUGUGUAUUUGCUCACAAGACUCUCAUUGUGCUCCAAGCAAAGGGUAUUAUUGUCAACCAGGAAAAGUGUACAAGGAUGCUAUGGACGAGAAGACUUAUACACUCUACAGAACGGCAUACUUGCGAUUAGGCAGCUCACGUACAACACCUGCACAAGCAUGUUUGAAGAGUACAUCCACAUCGACAACUCUACAGAAAAAGUCCAUUUUCACAGGUUUUCAACGACAGCCGAUUUUCGUUAGGGUUUUCUACUGCAAGAUGAGUUCAAGCGGAGGCAAAGGAACCGCCGGCUCCGGCAGAGGCAAGCCGAAGGCUUCGAAGUCUGUGUCCCGAUCAUCGAAGGCCGGCCUCCAGUUCCCCGUCGGUAGGGUUGCCCGAUUCCUCAAAUCUGGAAAGUAUGCCGAGCGAGUCGGCGCCGGCGCUCCGGUUUAUCUCUGCGCCGUUCUGGAGUAUCUCGCCGCCGAGGUUUUGGAAUUGGCUGGGAAUGCGGCAAGGGACAACAAGAAGACUCGGAUUGUCCCGAGGCACAUUCAGCUGGCAGUGAGGAACGAUGAAGAACUGAGCAAGCUUCUGGGGAACGUGACGAUCGCCAAUGGAGGUGUGUUGCCAAACAUCCAUCAGACUCUGUUGCCUAAGAAGACUGGUGCCAAGGGAGAAAUCGGAUCUUUGUCUCAGGAGUUUUAGGGUUUUUCCCGAUCUAUAUUUAUGUAAAAUAGAGAUUAUGUUCUUUCUUGCUCUGCUGUUUCAUCUUCUUCGCCUGUUUCUGCAAUUACAAGCCAAUGGAAUUUGCUGUUUUGGUUACAAAUGUUAUGAAUCCAUUGAUGCUAUGUGAAAUUGAGAUAAUCUUAUAUCUUCUGCUGUGUUGAAUUGCGCAUGAAUUGAUUUGA